GACGCUCAUUUGCCGUACAAAGUACUGUACAUGAGCGGGUACCGGGUGCACUCGGCGCGUCAAUGGCCAGUCACGUAACUAGCACUCUCGUCUUUCGGUACAUUAAUAAUAGCUGGGGCUGUGGAUCUAGACUGGAGUUUGAUUCCGGUUCAGAGUUUAACCUAGACCAGACCCUCACAUAGCCUGCAUGAUGAAGUUCAUAACCACUCGAUGCCAGGACAAGGAAUACACCUUCGAGGAGGCACUCUUCUCCCCAGGCUAUGUAGCCGGUGGAUUGCUCCUCCCCAAGACAAUUCCACAGAUCUCUCAAGAGGUGCUGAAGUCAUGGUUAGGACUGUCUCUGCCUCAGGUUUGCAAGCAGAUCCUUCCGCUCUUCAUCAGCGGGGAGGAAAUCAGUCAAGAGGAUUUGGAAGCUUUGAUCGAUGACGCUUACUCCCGUCUCCCGUUGGAUCAGGUGGCAGCUCUUUCUUCCUUUCCAAACGGUCUCAACGUCUUGGAGCUGGGUAACACCAAGACGCUGGCUUUCAAGGAUCUGUCCACAUUUAUCAUGGCUCGUCUGUUGGAAUUUUACUUCAAGAAAAGGGAGAAACAUGUGACCAUCCUAGUUGGAACAUCUGGAGACACAGGACCAUCGUCCAUCGAGGCCAUCCGUGGGUCAGGCUGGAUGGAUAUUGUGGUGUUGUUCCCCAAAGGAUACUGCACAGAAAUACAAGAAAUUCAGAUGACCACAGUGAUGGACGAAAAUGUUCAUGUCUAUUCAGUUGAAGGUUGCUCUGACGAUGUGGAUGAGCCCAUCAAAGCAGUUUGCCUUGACCAGGACUUCAAAGCCAUCCACAACCUGUGUACCAUGAACUCCAUCAACAUGUGCCGGGUCCUGUGUCAGAUUGUGGCCUAUUUCUACGGUUACCUGAAAGUCUGUCGCUCUGUUGGAGACGAGGUGGAGAUUGUGGUUCCAACUGGUGCAGCCGGAAACAUUACUGGUGGAUGUUUAGCCUACCGCAUGGGCCUACCCAUUAAGCUGGUGUGUACAGUGAACAGUAAUGACCUGUUACACCGUAUGCUGAGUACCGGUGAACUCUCCACGGCUCCCAGUGUCAUCAAGACAUACUCGGUUGCUAUGGACAUACAGAAUCCAUACAACAUUGAGCGCAUCUUUUCUUUGUUUUCGAACCGAGAUACAGCCCUGGUCAAAAAAAUUAUGGAGGAAUUUGAGACUGGAGGGAAGACUACUCUUCCGGCAUCUUUGCUGCAGAAGAUGCAGAAAGUUCUGUCCUCUGCAUCCUUUGACAACCAAACAGUCUUGAAGACGAUGCAACGAUGCUGGUCUGACCAUCACUACCUCAUCUGUCCUCACACAGCGGUGGCAGUCAGCUACUACUUCAGCAAGCUGGACCGUAUGGAGGCCAAUCAGACUCUGCACCAGCCCACUCUUUGUUUCGCCUCUGCUCAUCCAGCCAAGUUUCCUGAGGCUCUAGUAGCGGCUGGUUUGGAGCCUAAGCCCACACCUUACAUCACAAAUCUGCAGGUCAUGCCGAAGCGAUGUCUGGAGAUGAAAAGAGGACAGAAUUGGGAGAAAAUACUGAGGGAAAAGAUCAAGGAGAUAAGUAAACGAGCUGGCGUGGAUCAGUAACUUGAUUACACAUGUGAAACUUCAUGUCAGUUUGGAAAAAAAGCUCCCCAUUUUAACAAUACAGUGCCCGUAAUGAUUUAAAUUAGAACAUUACAAGAUGUUAAAAUAUACUCAGAGCAUCAGGCUAGCAGCAUUAUGUCCUGCCCAAAAGCUAGUAGCACGGGCUGACAUAUGGAAUAGCCUUUGGUUCUAGCCUUAAAGAGUCUGCCUGCAUACGAUAAGUCUGGCUUACAGUUUUUUUUAAUAUAGCCAUCUGGGAAUUUGCUGAUUACUUCGCUAUGUGAUAAUAGUUUUCUAGCCAGUCUUGAGAGGAGACUUGUAUUCAAGCCUGGUGGUAGUUUCCUUUUAUGAAAUUUCCGACUUUUAAUCUGUUUGAAAAAAAAAUUCACAGAGCCAUGAAUUACGAAAGAAGAAGAAAUUUUGUACAUCUUAAGCUAAAAUUUUUUUAAAAAUUUGCAUUAGAGAUGGUAAGGUGGAUCAAAAAGCACAUAUGCUCCAAUAUUUGCUCCAAUAUUAAAAUUUGGUCUCCGAAAGUUUUUUGAAGUGAUUAUCAAUGAUAUUACCAUUUCCUUUGAUAAUGAUUUUGUAAUAUCAUGGUUGAAGGAUUGUCAGUAGUUCAUAAUUUCAUUAGUGCAGAGUUUUGCGUAUUCUGGAAAAAGUUCAGUUUCCGUAGUUGUGAUCAUGUACUUGAUGUCAUUAGACUGGUGAUUGAGUGUAUUAAGCAGUGUGGUUAAACUCCCUCGCAGGGCACCAGACACAAAGAAUUGAACGAAGUAAAAAACAUAUUGUCAAAUAGUUAUUGGUUGUGACAAUUACUCCUAUUCCACUGUCCUAAAUCAUUUUCAGUCGCUGUCUUAAGAGCAAUGCCACAGCGAGUUAUUGUUGGAUUAUCUUUUAAUAAUUUUUUUUGCUCACUCUUGCUUUUUCAGGGUUCUUUUAAUUAAUGUAACCCAAUGAAAAGGCCAUCAAUUUUAGUUGAAAGUAUUACACAAGUAUUACUUUACAAAACAAGAUUGACAAUAUAUUCAAUGCUAUUCAGAUGUCCUGACAAUAAACUGAAUGCUAUUUAGAUGUCAUGUCUAAUAUUGAUGUGCUUUCAUCUGUUGAUUUAAUAGCAUAUGAUGUAUUCUUGCUUUGGUUGACUAACAGUAUGGAGGCCAAUGGUGCUUGAGUAUCUUAAGCAGUGUAGUUAAACUCCCUCGCAGGGCACCAGACACAAAGAAUUGAACGAAUUAAAAACCAUGUUGUUGUCAUAUUCAGUUGCUGUCUUAAAAGCAAUGCCACGGCAAGUUAUUGUUGGAUUAUCUUUUUAUAAUUUUUUUGCUCACUCUUGCUUUGUCAGGGUUCUUUUAAUUAAUGUAACCAAAUGAAAAGGCCAUCAAUUUUAGUUGAAAAUAUUACAUAAGUAUUACAUUACAGAACAAGAUUGACAAUGUAUUCAAUGCUAUUCAAUUAAGUUACUGGUGGUUUUAGUUGUCUCAACCUUUUUCUUUAAUUGUCUUUAAAUACAUUGUCAUCUAGUCACCUUAAAUGUUCGAAUUUCUGUAUUUAAGCUUCUUGCUAUGAAAUAUAGCAUAUAUAUCAUAUAUCUGAUAACAGAUGUGGACAUUUCACUUGUCAGUUUUAAAGUGUCAUAAAGACUAUCUCUGUACAAAACUUCUAAACAGAAACAACUAAAUUAGAAUAAUUGUUUUGCCUUAAAACCUUGUCUACAAUCACCAUCUUGUAUCAAGUAUGGUGAUCACGUUUAAUUGGAGAGUAAAUAACAUAAAGGCAUUUUAAUGUAGUAAAUCAACGAAUCAAUGUAUUCAUUUUAUUGAAUUUUAAUGAAUUAAACUCUAUAAGGUAUUGAGCUAAA